CGGAUAGUGUUGGGUGUUAAGUGCGGCAGAACAGUGGGGAGAGAGGAAUCGGCCCAUCGAAGGAAGAAGCAGCAUGGACUCUGUUUUGGUACUUGCGUUUCUGUGCGCAGCACUUUCUCUAUGGUACAUCGCAGCUGCUGCACCUCCACAUGCAGCGGCAGACUUCACCGCUUAUCCUACCAUCCCCGGCACCGAAGACGUCUCAGUCGCUGGAGCCAACUCCAUCCUCAUCCCUCCGCGCCGAGAAGUCUACGAUGACGGCAGAAUCUUCGACAUCAGCCACAGGUACGUGCCGGAUAUGCCGGUUUGGGAUUCCAAGGACGGCCUCGGCAACGACUUCCUCUGGCUUCUCAAGAGCAUCAAGAACGGUUCCCUCGCUAACAACUCCGCCAUGAAGCUCGGCGUUCACACCGGCACUCACGUCGACGCUCCUGGCCACUUCUACGAUAAUUACUUCGACGCUGGCUUCGAUGUCGAUACUCUUGACUUACAGGUCCUCAAUGGUCUCGCUCUGUUGGUUGAUGUUCCUAGGGAUAAAAACCUUACCGCUGAAGUUAUGAAGUCUUUAGAUAUCCCCAGAGGUGUUCGCCGUGUGCUAUUCAGAACCUUAAAUACUGACAGGCGGCUCAUGUUUAAGAAGGAAUUUGACACCAGUUAUGUGGGAUUCAAGGAAGAUGGAGCAAAAUGGCUUGUGGAGAACACUGACAUCAAACUUGUAGGGAUUGAUUAUUUGUCAGUUGCUGCUUAUGAUCACUCAGCUCCAUCUCAUCUUGUUUUCCUGGAAAGCAGGGUAAGAAGUUAUGUGUCUAGCCUCACUGCUAAUAAGCUAACUUUAUUAUUAUGGGUCAAAACAAAAAGUGAAGAAAAGCUACAAAUAAGAUCUUGUUGGCCAAAUUUGUCUGACCACAGGAUAAUUCAUAAGCUUCUUAUUAAUUUCCUUUUGUCAUUAUCCAAUAAGUUGCUAGCAUGUUGUUUUUAGUUUCACUGUUACAGAGAAUGCAGGGAGCUUAAUUAAUGAGUUGUAUUUUUGGUUAUAGCA